AUGGAUAAUGAAACUACUAUAUGUAUUUGUCCUCGAUGUCUUCAGAAAAAUCCUCUUGGAGUUUCUAUAACUAAAAAAACAGCCUUAAAUCAUCAAAGAGCAUUUUUAUGGGUUCAACAACUUGAAGAACAAAUUGAUAAUAGCUAUGUUAAUUUUAAUACACGUCAUUUAAAAAAAAAAAAAAAAGAAUCUAGUGACUUUAAUGAGACAAUACAAUUAAGUCCAAAUUUAAGUCAAAAUUCAUCAAUUUAUACCAAUGAUAAUAAUUCAGAAAAUUCAUUUAAUAGUCAAGAUAAUAAUUCAGAAAAUUCAUUUAAUAGUCAAGAUAAUAUUGAUGAUUUGUAUCAAAACUUUGAAAUAGAAGAAUACUCAAAUGAUAUACUUUUAGAAACCAAUGAAGGUUAG